AUGGGACCGCCAUACUUCCCCGUGUCGAACAAUGGCCAAGAUGCCACGCCGCCAAAGACGUACUAUGAGCAACAGCGCGAGAUGCUUGUUACUGAAAUUGCCCAAAGUCUAGAAGUCGUCCUUCAAAACAUCAACAAAUUGAAUCGUUCACUCGAGGAAGUAACGUCGGUGGGGAACGAGUUCGCACCCGUUGAGUCGCUGUGGAGUCACUUUGAGAACGUCAUGGCCAAGGACCCGAAUGAGCAACAGGAAGGUACGCAGGAAGGUACAACGGAACACGAAGGCGAGACAGAGUUGCCUCAAGAACGGAAAUGA